AUGUCGAGCUUGUCAUUCUGUAAACAAAAGUUUCGAAGAAAAAUCUCAGGAUUCGACCAAAACGCGUAUCUCGUAAUUCCGUGGCAAUCUGCCACGUCAAGAAGGUGCCUCGUUUCACUGGACUCCGCAGGAAGCGGUUGCUUUCAACCGCGCCCUAGCAACGGGAUGCGACCUCUCACUCGUUUGGCUCGGUUUUGGCACAGAGGCUUCUGCGAGAAACGAACCUCACUGGUGCUUUGGAAUGAACCCAUAGAGCGUACCGUUGUCUUGACCCUGAACCGGCCGGAACGAGCAAACGCGCUUAGCGCCGAACUUGUCGAAGAGCUCAGAACGCACCUGCACCGCGUGCUCGAGCUGGCCUCUGCUCGUCCGGUGCGGUGUGUGAUGCUUAUUCUGGCAUCAGCGCAUGAACGCAUAUUCUCUGCUGGUGCGGACUUGAAGCAACGAGCAGCCCAGAGCCCUGACCAGCAGCGCGACUUUACGCGAAGACUGCGCGAAACGCUGCAAAGCCUCGCAAAGUUGCCGUGCUUCACUGCUGCAGCGCUCCGUGGUGGUGCCUACGGAGGUGGACUCGAACUUGCCCUCGCGUGCGACUUUCGAAUCGUUCAGGAGGGCGCGAUCCUGGCACUUCCAGAAACUGGACUAGGAAUUUUACCGGGAGCGGGCGGCACCCAACGACUUCCGCGACUCAUAGGCGUUUCUCGGGCGAAGGAAGUCAUCCUUCUGGGCCGUCGACUUGACGCCCGACAGGCACACCACUACGGACUCGUUAAUGUGGUCGUUCCAGAUGCCGAUGCGGGAACAGCGGCAACGGACAACACCCUGGAGGAAGCGCUGCAACUGGCUGCUUCUCUGCGGGAGCGCAGUCCGAUGGCGCUCCAGUUGGCGAAACGAGCGAUCGAUGAGGGUAUAGAUGCGAGUUCACUCGCCCGCGGUCUAGCGAUCGAGGACAGCUGUUAUGCGGAGACGUUUGGAACCAAGGAUCGAGCAGAGGGUCUGCAAGCGUUUGUUGAAAAACGAUCUCCGCGGUUUACCGGUGAAUAA